UCCCAAACACUGGAACACGACACAACAAUCCUUGUCGUUUUUCUUUUGUUUCUGGUUUUUUCAACAGUGCCAGUAAUCAACAUGGAACCCAAGUUCAUCAAAACGACGACGUAUCAAGAUAAACCGAGUUCAUCGAAGAAUGCUGGUUUGAUUGACACUUCAGUUCCAUUUGAAUCGGUUAAGGAAGCUGUUCAUCGCUUCGGAGGUGUUGGUUCCUGGAAAUCCUUUCACAUUUCUCAUUCUUCUAAGCAGCAUUGCAUAGAAGAGUUUGAUACGGAGAAACUGGAGGAGCAGGCGAGAGUGUUGGAGAAAGAACUGAGUCUGAAAGAAAGGGAAACUUUUGAUGUAUUGAAAGAAUUGGAUAAGACCAGAAGGCUUGCUGAAGAUUUGAAAUCGAAGCUGCAGAAGGAAGAAUCUGAAGCAAAAUUGAAUCUUGAAAUCAGCGCAUGUGAUCAAAAAUCGGAUGUAAAGGAGAAUCAAUCGGGUCCGUCUGAAGUUGUUUGUCCUAUGAAGGAAUGUUCGAAGCCUUCUCAUGUAUCUUCUCCGGCCUUCUCAUGUAUCUUCUCUGGGAAACUUUUCACAUUACUAGAUGUAAACGGGUUGAAUUUGGUAAACGAUGAAGUCAAGCCUGUUUUAAAGCCAACUCUAUCAAUAGGACAAAUACUAAGCAGGAAGCUGUUUAGACCAGAAGAGUAUGAAGGGCACGGCGAAAAAGCCUCGGUGAAACGGAAGGUGUCAUUAGGUCAGAUGCUUGGCAAACACAAUGAUGAUGGUGCAUUGAUUGAUGAGCAAGUCGAUAAAGAAAAUGAUCAGAAGCAGUUUUCUGCUAAGAGAAAGAAAUUCGGGUUUGCAAAAUUCUCACUUCUUUUGACAAAACAACAUAAGAAGAAACCAAUGCGGAAUAUGAGCCAAACACUGGAACACGACACAACAAUCCUUGUCGUUUUUCUUUUGUUUCUGGUUUUUUCAACAGUGCCAGUAAUCAACAUGGAACCCAAGUUCAUCAAAACGACGACGUAUCAAGAUAAACCGAGUUCAUCGAAGAAUGCGGGUUUGAUUGACACUUCAGUUCCAUUUGAAUCGGUUAAGGAAGCUGUUCAUCGCUUCGGAGGUGUUGGUUCCUGGAAAUCCUUUCAUAUUUCUCAUUCUUCUAAGCAGCAUUGUAUAGAAGAGUUUGAUACGGAGAAACUGGAGGAGCAGGCGAGAGUGUUGGAGAAAGAACUGAGUCGGAAAGAAAGGGAAACUUUUGAUGUAUUGAAAGAAUUGGAUAAGACCAGAAGGCUUGUUGAAGAUUUGAAAUCGAAGCUGCAGAAGGAAGAAUCUGAAGCAAAAUUGAAUCUUGAAAUCAGCACGCGUGAUCAAAAAUCGGAUGUAAAGGAGAAUCAAUCGAGUCCGUCUGAGGUUGUUUGUCCUAUGAAGGAAUGUUCGAAGCCUUCUCAUGUAUCUUCUCCGGGAUUAAUACUAAUGGAAUUGAAGCAGGCUAAGUUGAAUCUAACGAAAACCACUCAUGAUUUUGCGGAUGUACGAGCUACUGUUGAAUCUCUUAAUAAGAAAUUAGAGAAAGAAAAGAUCUCACUUGAGAAAACCCGUGAGAGGUUAACUUUGAAUCAUUCGAAAAUAUCUUCUCUCGAAGAUGAGCUAAACCAAACCAAAUUAAGACUACAAGUUGCAAAAGGUGAUGCUUCUGGUAAUCCUGUAGAUGUCACAAUAGAGCUCCAAAAAUUGCGUUCCGAGGCCGAGAAUUUCAGAAAAGGGAGAGAAUCUGCACAAUCAGAAGUUUUGAAAACAAUGUCUGAGAUUGAGCUGACAAGAGCUAUGAUAAGAACUGCCAAAAGCAGGUUGGUUGCGGCAAAAAAAAUGAAGAAAGCUUCAAGAGCUGCAGAAGCUGCUACCCUUGCCGAAAUUAAUGCAUUGUCUAACUCUAACCACAGGGGUUCACCAAGAGAGUGUACGCCAAAGCGGGAGGAAAUUACGCUUUCAAUGGAUGAGUAUAUUACUCUGACCCGAAAAGCUCGAGACGCUGAGGAACAAUCUAAGAAGAGAAUAGCAAAUGCUAAGCUUGAAGUUGACGAAGCAAGUACAUCGCGCAUGGAAAUUUUGAAAAGGGUAAACGAAGCAACAAAAGAAGCUAUAACCGGCAAGAAGGCCCUUGAAGAAGCCCUAGAAAGAGUAACGGCUGCAGAUAGAGGGAAGCUAGAAGUUGAAGAGGCUUUAAGAAAGUGGCGAUCAGACAGUCACAAAAAGCGUUCUUCGACGAAUAAUACCUCUACCAAGUUCAAAAACCCUGGUCCAUCAAAUCAAAGGAGAGAUUUCACAUUACUUGAUGUAAACGGGUUGAAUUUGGUAAACGAUGAAGUCAAGCCUGUUUUAAAGCCAACUCUAUCAAUAGGACAAAUACUAAGCAGGAAGCUGUUUAGACCAGAAGAGUGCGAAAAAGCCUCGGUGAAACGGAAGGUGUCAUUAGGCCAGAUGCUUGGCAAACACAAUGAUGUUGAUGGUGCAUUGAUUGAUGAGCAAGUCGAUAAAGAAAAUGAUCAGAAGCAGUUUUCUGCUAAGAGAAAGAAAUUCGGGUUUGCAAGAUUCUCACUUCUUUUGCCGAAACAGCAUAAGAAGAAGAAACCAAUGCGGAAUUUGAGGUGAAUAGACUCAAAUAGCAUCUGCCAUCAGUACUCAAUCCUCAUCACAUUCCCUUACCUACCGAUUUUUGUUUCGCUCUUUUAGCAGAACCGAAAUGUGUGACUUUUACUUUUAAUGUAAUAAAUUCAGAGUAUAAGUUAUGUUCA